AUGAAACGUACUGCGGUGGGCCCUAGGCCGACCAAGGCUUGUGGUGAGUUGGGAGAGAGGGUAUCCAAUUGGCAAGAAGCUAACCCGGGAAAACAUUGCACCUUCGCAAUCUGCCUCUUGAAGCCAGGGGGAAAUUUACAUUAUUUAGAUGAAAUGCGAAGUGUCCGGGCCACCUCCAUGUCGCCGUUGUCGUCACACUCGAGCCGCUUGUAUAUUCAAACCGCGGGCCAAUGUGAGCAGCAUAUCGAAAUAAUAACCCGAAAGAAGAGCUGA